UCUUUGAAAUAUGCUUUUUGUGAUAUUUGUAGAUAGACCUCGUCCACUAUUUUCUUCCUCGUCUUCGUCUUUGUGCUCUUUAUAUGUACGAACUAUUGAUUAAUGCCAUAUAUGUUAAAGUAGCAGGUAAUUAAAGGUGACUAAUCAUUGAACUUAGUGAGAAGUUUCCGUGCAAUAUUAAACUGGGACUAGGGUCUGGGUUUCAAUUCUUCAAGUAUUUUCAAGGAAAUUUCUAGGAAAAAGAUUCUUGAAAUUAUAUAACAGGUUCAAGAUUUCUAAAAACAGUAUUAUAGUUUACCGAUGGAAUUUUCGUCAGGGAAUGUCCAUGCAUCAGAUGACUUGUAUGCCGAAGAAUUACAAUUCCAGGAGGCUCUUGAGGCCUCGAUCUCAUUCAGCAAUCUUCAUAUAUCUUCAUCAUCACGAAGUUCCUGUGAUAUUUGCACGGAAGAAAAAGAAAACCAUGAGAUGUUCAAAACUAUGAAAUGUUUUCACUCCUUUUGCACUGAUUGCACAGGUAAACAUGUCAAAACACAGAUUGAACGGAAUAGUUACACUGUUACAUGUCCAGCUUUCAAUUGCCAAAGCUUUUUGGAACUAGAUUCUUGCAGGUCUAUCAUUUCAGCAGAUUUGAUCAAUCGUUGGGAGGCAGGACUGACUGAAUCAACAAUACCUAUUUCUCAAAAAUUUUACUGUCCUUACAAAAACUGCUCAGCCAUUUUGCAGAAUGAUAACGGCGAAGAAGAAGUCAUUAGGGAAUCAAAAUGUCCAGAAUGCCAGCGACUCUUUUGUGCACAGUGUAAAGUCCCUUGGCAUCCCGGAUUUGAGUGCACAGAGUUUCAGGAAUUCAAUGAAAACGAAAGAGAUGAAGCAGAUCUGAAUAUGCGCAAACUGGCCAAGAAAAAGAAAUGGCCCAACUGUCCCAAUUGCAAUUAUGUUGUGGAGAAGACUGGGGGCUGCAUACACAUGACUUGCAAUUGUGGAUUUGAGUUCUGCUAUACCUGUGGAUCAAAGUGGAGCGAGAGUAAUCACUGGAACACUUGCCAGAGAGGGUGAUAUAACAAAGUUUGAUCAAGAGAGUGCACUUGUUUUCCAGAUCGAUCGAGUCACUUAGACGGGUUAAUUUUUCUACUUCUUUCUUUCCUUUGCCAAAGGUCAAGUCAUAUGUCACCCUACUAAUAUUUUUUCCGUUUUAUUCAUGAAAGGGAAUGUAUCUUUAGUUUGUUGUGUCUCUUGGACUGAUUAAUUUUUCUUUGUUUUUUUCGUUGAUCGGUGAGAGUUAGAAAACUUAAAUUAAACAAUAUAUAUAUUUGAACUAAAUUUGUUAUC